AUGAGUGACGCCCUGACAUUAGCCUUCUCCCUCGCUGAUCUCCAAGCAGAGGCAGACAGGCGAAACGACCCAGUGCUCACUCCCUCGAUGAGAGAGGAAAUCGCGUACAUUAAAGCCUUGUACAACUCCGGUGCUAAGCUAUGGACCAAGGAGAUGUUCGCCUUGGCUGAGGCUGAGCUUGCCAAACAACCCAUUCCCAGGUUUAUUGAGCUACGGAGCAUGAACGGCAAGCUCAGGCACAAGCGGCUUCCGCGGGCACCACCUACCUCUCCCCAACGCCCUGGAGGAGGCUCCAUGGGCCGCCCGCUGCCUUCGAUCCGGUACUUCCUUUACCAAGACCUUAAAGGCAUCGUUAGCGAGAAGGAGUAUGACCACAACCUUGGCGAGACAGUGGCAGCCCUCAGUGACGAGGCAAAACGUACACUGGCUACUCGCGCCAUGUCCAUUUCGCUCAUCAGUUAUGCUCCUUGCUCUAUCGACUACGUUACGAUCCGAGGCAGAUGGGAUGCCGUCGCGAAACAUUAUUGGCCUCUUAGCUACACAUGUGCAGAGAUCAGCAACAUUCUGGAAGAACAAGCUGCAAUCUCAAAGACUAUUAACAAGGUAGUCUGCUUUGGGCUCGGCAGUCUUGGGUGGUCGAUUGAGACCGAGGAUGCGAGAUACGAACCAGAGGAAAGAAUCUACUCGGCCAUCAUCCAGCAUGCGGCAGCGCUGACAAUUGCCAAUGUAAUUGGCAAACGGCUGGGUGUUGGUAGCCUGACUGUCUUCUGCCAGGACCCGAUCUACAAUGACGCCGACAAGCGCGUGCUUGCUGAAGCCGGCAUUCAGGUCGUAGGUGGCCGCGGCGGUCUUGGAUUCACCCUCAUUGAUGAAGAUACCGUGGUAUUCAGUUGUCACCCGAACAUCCCCGUGAAACAAGUUGUUGCCGACCUGGGCAGACCUGCUAUCUUGAUCUGCAACGAGGUCAGAGAGGAGGGUGACGAGCAGUGGAGGGUGUAUGAAAGGCACGGUAACUUCGGCCUGCUCUCACCAUACUCGACCGAUCACGACUCCCCACGUACUCGAGAGAUGGUCAAGGGCUAUCACAGGUUUCCAUUCCCUACAGAUCGCUUGGGAUUUGGUGACAUUCAAAUCUACGUACGCAAAGAUCCGAUUCGUGAGGUACCCAACCGCAUGACCUACGAGGCUACCAAGGACGUCACCGGCGAUGCUCCCAAAGACGCCAAUGCCGAGGGUCCCAAGGAAACAAAGAACAAGGCUUCCAAGGACGACACCGACAAAGCUUCCAAGGACGUCACCGACGAGGCUCUCAAGGACAUCACCGACAAGCUUUCCAAGGACAUCAUCAGCGACACUUGCCAGAACGCUACGGAUGAGUCUGCCAAGGACGCUGAGGGUGAGACCCCUAAGGGCGUCACCGGUGAGACUUCCAAGGACGUAAUUGGUAAGGCUUGCAAGGACUCGUCUGGCUGA